AGCCAAUUGCUGACUUCUUCUUCCCCCGGCCUUUCCCACAUAGUUGUGUAGGGGUUCUAUCGCAUCUCCGACUCUUCUCGGCAUCUUCAUUUGUUCGCCUGUGAAUUCCGUCGCGCUUCUCAAUCAGCUUCCUCUCCGAUCCACUGCGACCUCCGGUUUCCUCCGCAGUCCUAGCGCCAAGUAAGUCCAUUGACAUCUGCCCACGCCGUUCUCAACUGCUCAAUCAAAUCCUUUUUCUUUUAUCUAGUUCUUGUUUAGAUUUAGGGUUACUUUCGAUGUUGUUUUCAGCGUUUGUUUUGUGGUUUGCGAUUUCCUGGAACGGAGUAUGUCUGUGAUUCAGUUUUCGUUUGUUGAUUGAAUCGACUGGUACUUGUUGGAUUGUUCGCACCUAGAUCGGAUCCUUGUUUGAACGUAUUUAUCCCCUACCUAGUGUUUUAGGUGGCUGAAUUACUAAAAUCGAAAAGGGUAUGGGAGCUUUGCGGCAAAAGUCUUGUUCUUUUUUUUAUUUGGGUGCCGAGAAGUCAAUUGUAUCCCGUGUUGGUCUCCCGAAUUUUGCAUUUGGAGUCAUUCAAGUCCCUUUUGGGUCAGACGGGUGUUUGAAAUGGAUGGUUAUUCCACUUGCUUUGAUGCGAAUUGGGAAGAGAUGUGCCACAGAUGAUGCCAUUGAGCAAAAUGUGUUUCUUUAGGAUCAGGGAUUAUCAUAUUUUUUAAUGCUCAGUGCUGCAUAGAUGACAGAAAUUGCAGAGAUUAGGGCAGCCAGUUUGCGUGUGUAUGCAAUGGCCGCACGGUGUGUCAGUUUCGUGUUUGGCGACUGCCCUGGUAUAGGUUUCUGUAGUUAUCUAACUAUCAAAUUGUUGCCUUUUUGUCGCUAUCAUCCCUGUUUACUCUAUCGUUGAAGCUCGAACCACGUUCUGCGCUAUUGAUCUACUUGUGUCAGUUCAGCUUUUUGUUAGCUAUGUUUGUUCUUUUUUCCAUCAUGGAAUGCAAUGUAACUUCCAUGUGCUUAUUGAGUUUACUUACCUUCUAACUUGAAAUGCAGAAUGGUUGAAGCAGAAUCACCUUUCAGACCAAGGGAGAAGCUUCUUGAGAAGCAGAGGUAUUUCCAGAACAUCCACAAGCAUACCUACUUGAAAGGCCCUUUUGACAAGGUCACCUCUGUUGCUAUCCCCAUAGCAUUGGCCGCCAGCUCUCUGUUUCUUAUUGGACGCGGAAUCUACAACAUGUCUCAUGGGAUCGGAAAGAAAGAAUGAAGAGGCAGUGUGUUCUUCUCUCAUUCUUGAGGACAACUAUUUUACUUUUGGCAUGUCAACACAGACUGCUGGCUUUUGAAUUUCUUGUUUAGUACCGCCUCGCUUAAUAAUUACAGUCAUGUAGCUACUACCACCCUUCCAGAAGUUGAAAGCUCUUUUCUCUUGAUGGCAUUGUUUGCCCAAAAAUUUCUUCUCUUGAUGCCAUUAUUUUCUUUUGGAUCAUAUAAAGGUGUUAUCUUUUUGCUUGCCCUCUUCGGUUACUACUUGGAUAUGAUAUCAUAAAUAACUAGAUGUUAAAGAAAUGAUUAAUCAAUAA